AUUUCUGAGGCACAUCUCAGGAAUCGCCGUUGCUGCUGUGGAGUGAGUUUGCUGCUCAGACUCUACUUCCCGAAGUGCUUUAGGGUCUGCCGUCGUCAUAAUCGACAGACCGAGUACCCAGGACUCCAUUUCCCGGCGUGCCACGCGACUCGCUCUACUGCCCGCGGGCCGAGGGCGGUGACGGCGGCGCGCCGGAGAGGCGGACUGCAGUUCCCGGCGUGCCCCGCGGCGGGCGCUGGGCUGAAGCCGGGACCCGAGCGGUGCGGCCUGGAGGAGGCCGGAGCCCGGGGGAGGCGGCAGCAGCAGCGGCGUCGGGGGCAGCCCGGGCAGCCUGAGCCCCACAGCCUGGGCUUGCGCUCGGCGCCAUGAGCGGCGGCGCGCCUUCGGGGGGCGGUCCGGGGGGCUCCGGCCGGGCGCGGACCAGCUCGUUCGCGGAGCCGGGUGGUGGCGGCGGCGGCGGUGGCGGCGGCCCCGGGGGCUCGGCCUCCGGCCCGGGCGGCAGUGGCGGCGGGAAGCCGUCGGUCGGGGCCAUGGGUGGGGGCGUGGGGCCCACGAGUUCCGGGGGUGGCCCCAGCGGCAGCGGAGGAACAAGCAGCAGCGGCCCUGGCGCGGGUACCAGCUUCCCGCCGCCCGGAGUGAAGCUGGGCCGUGACAGCGGGAAGGUGACCACAGUGGUAGCCACCCUAGGCCAGGGCCCAGAGCGCUCCCAGGAGGUGGCUUACACAGACAUCAAGGUGAUUGGCAAUGGCUCCUUUGGGGUCGUGUACCAGGCACGGCUGGCUGAGACCGGGGAGCUGGUGGCCAUCAAGAAGGUUCUCCAGGACAAGAGGUUCAAGAACCGAGAGCUGCAGAUUAUGCGUAAACUGGACCACUGCAAUAUCGUGAGGCUGAGAUACUUUUUCUACUCCAGUGGGGAGAAGAAAGAUGAGCUCUACCUAAAUCUGGUGCUGGAAUACGUGCCCGAGACGGUGUACCGGGUGGCCCGCCAUUUCACCAAGGCCAAGUUGACCAUCCCUAUCAUCUAUGUCAAGGUGUACAUGUACCAGCUCUUCCGGAGCUUGGCCUACAUCCACUCCCAGGGUGUAUGUCACCGUGACAUCAAGCCCCAGAACCUGCUGGUGGACCCUGACACUGCUGUCCUCAAGCUCUGCGAUUUUGGCAGUGCAAAGCAGCUGGUCCGGGGGGAGCCUAACGUCUCCUACAUCUGUUCUCGCUACUACCGGGCCCCUGAACUCAUCUUCGGAGCCACUGAUUACACCUCAUCCAUAGAUGUGUGGUCAGCUGGCUGUGUCCUGGCCGAACUCCUCCUGGGCCAGCCCAUCUUCCCUGGGGACAGUGGAGUGGACCAGCUGGUGGAGAUCAUCAAGGUGCUGGGGACACCCACCCGGGAGCAGAUCCGCGAGAUGAACCCCAACUACACGGAGUUCAAGUUCCCCCAGAUUAAAGCUCACCCCUGGACAAAGGUGUUCAAAUCUCGGACGCCGCCUGAGGCCAUCGCGCUCUGCUCUAGCCUGCUGGAGUACACCCCCUCCUCAAGGCUCUCCCCGCUGGAAGCCUGUGCCCACAGCUUCUUUGAUGAACUCCGAAGUCCUGGAACCCAGCUUCCCAACAACCGCCACUCCCCCCCCCUCUUCAACUUCAGUCCUGGCGAACUCUCCAUUCAACCAUCUCUCAACGCCAUUCUCAUCCCUCCUCACUUGCGGACCUCGGCAGGCUCCACCACCCUCACUCCGUCCUCACAAGCUUUAGGGGAGCCUCGGCUGGGCUCGGACCGGCAGUCAACCGAUGCCACAGCUGCCCUCACUAACUCUUCUUGAGGGCCCCGUCCACCACUCCCCCAUUUGGGCGCCCCAAGGAGGGCUGGGACGGGGGCUAGAGCCCACCAUGCUCCUCCAGCCCUGGCUGGGCCCCUAGACCAGGGGGCAGGGGUAAACGAGUCCCUGUCCCCACCUCCAGACCCUCCCUCACCAGCCUCACCCCUGCGGUGGGCUUUUUAAGAUGAUUUUAACUGGUUGUGGGGAGGGAAGAGAAGGAAGGAAAGCUGGGGUUGGAGGCAUGAGCACCUUCUGCCCCCCUUGGCUGCCUCCCAUCCCACCCAGGCCUCCACUCCCCAGCCCCCUUUCCCUCCUGUGUCCCUUGUAAAUAGAACCAGACCAGCCCCUGCCUCCUCCUCCCUUCCUGGCCCCCGGGUGUAAAUAGAUUGUUAUAAUUUUUUUCUUAAAGAAAACGUCGAUUCGCCCUAUCCAACCUGGCCCCUCCCCUCCAAAGCUGUGUCUCCCCUCUGCCCUAAGGUCUCCUCCCUCCUCUCCUACCCUGGGGGGCCAGGGGGUGGGGAGAGCCCCCGACGUCUUAGUUUCCACAGUAAGGUUUGCCUGUGUACAGACCUCCGUUCAAUAAAUUAUUGGCAUGAAAACCUG